AUGGGUAAAAUAUUUUCAAAGCAAACGGGCAGCACAGUGCAUGUGCCAGCUUCAGAUGAAAGCUCGAGAAGUCCUGUUACCUUACCACCUUCUUCUAUCCAAAGAGAUGUACCUCCUAGCUCAACCUCAGUACCAUAUGGUUCAAGCUCUCGUCAAGCCGUUACAAUCCAAUACACCAACCCGAGCUAUACGACCUCAACAUCCCAUCUCGAAAUUUCCCCAUUGAACACGAAUUUCAGCGGAGCUGAACAUGAUGAAUCAACAGUCUAUGGUAACGCAGGCAGUCUGAACAGUCCUGUAGGUAACAUGAAAAUGCCACCAUCAACUCAUAGACGCGCUUCCUCAUGGGACUCGAGCUUCCCCAAAAUCCACCCGGUCACUCAACUUGAAGUCUUUCGAAGUGGGUCUUUUGGUGACAAGGAUGGGGUGCAAAUCGUUUGUGGUCACGUACUCAAGGCCCUGCGGCAAGUUGUUGCAAGCUCUGAAGUAUCUCCAGACGACGAAAUAAUCAUAUCGCGUGACAGCUGGAUCAUGGAGCCAUAUGAGUUGAUCGUGUAUAACAAAGUCAGAAUCGAGGAACAUCGCCGGGAGACGACAAACGACGUUGCCAAGAAGCAUCUCGAGAUGUUGCUAGACUUCUUGAACACUAGCCAGCUUGGUGUUUGUCAAAAGUUUGACGAGGUUCAGUCGCACAAGUGCCAAAACAUACGGUUCAAACAUCUCUUUCUUCUCUACACUCCGCGCACAACAGUCUUUAAAGUAGACAAUGACGCCUGGAGGGCCUACGUGAUCGAGAAAUCGGAGACCAUGGUUGGUAUGAAACCAACAAGUUUGCGUAUUCAUGCAUGGUUCCUCGAUUUCAACAACGCUGGCGAUAAGUUGAUACCGCACAGAGCAACGUUCGAGGUAUCACAGUUCUCUUCUGAACGGCCAAUCAAGCAUUUGGAAUUGCUCCCAGAGUGGUUCAUCGAAUCCCAAAACUCCCCUCGACAGGAGCUCAUAGACCGAGGAUGGAAGCAUUGGAGCUACGGCAAAGCGCCCUCACACAAGGAGUACAGAGGGACGGCAUGGCGUCAAGCACCAUACGAGACCCCUCUCAUGGUCAUUGUAGACUAUACAACGAGUAGCAGGUGUGUUCAGACUGGCGAUGCCACGAUUGAGCCCGAUAGCACUUCAUCUCGUUGCUCAGCGUGUGUCGGGGAUUCCCUCGGAUUAUUCUCAUUCCCUCACGCGGUUGAGAGUCCAAGGGGUUCUCAUGUGUGCGUCAACGACGUAACGAUGACACAUUCCAGAUCUGAGGGCAGCCCGACUGAAGACAGUAGCAUGCUCUUAUUUUGUCCACCAAAGCUAUGGGCAUUCUCCUUGCGAUUCAAGACGUGGAGUCUGGUUUCGCACAGUGAUCUCAAAGAGGUGGAGCCGCAGGAGAAUCCAUUCGAUGACGAAUUGUAUAUGGACUCAACUAGAAAGAAGUCGUUGAGUGGGAUCGUGUCUUCUUAUCUGAAUAGUGUCAGUUCGCAUGGCGACAACUACUCACCGACCCGAAAGGUCCGUGGCCUGAAUAUCCUACUCAGUGGUAGCUCUGGUACUGGGAAGACCUUCACCGCAGAAUGUCUUGCCCGAAAGUUUGGCAUUGCGCUAUACACUGUGACUACCGGUGACCUGGGUGUCGAGCCGACCGUGUUCGAUCAAAGGCUACAAGAGACAUUGACCCGAGCAACAAACUGGAACGCCAUGGUUCUGCUGGAUGAUGUUGACCUUUACAGCAAAGAACGCACAGGCUACAAUAACGAGCGUGCAGCACUUCUUCCCACCUUUCUGCGAGAUCUGGAGUAUUCGAAAUGUCUUUGUUUCAUCAGCAUGAUUUCCCAAGAAGGUGUCGAUCCCGCAUUUUCAUCUCGUAUACACCUCGCUGUUCCGUUCCCAAAGUUUGACUUUGAAUCUCAAAAAGCAAUUUGGCACAGCCUCAUUGAAGGUCUUUGUCAGGAUGGGCACAGCAAGUUCGAGCUAUCCAGGUUUGUCAAUGGCACACUGAGAGGUCUGGACCAAGGGGAGCAUACAAAUAUGAAUGCAAGACAGAUCAAGAACUGUAUGGAUGUCGCGCUUGUACUGGCUCAGAAUGAAGGACCUGGGGCCAUUGUAAUGCCACAUCAUGUCGAAACCGUUCUAGAGCUAGGCAUGGCUUUCAAGGCUCACAUCAUGCAGGAGAGUGGAACAAGAUUAGAAGUUAUAGGAGAGGAUCUAUUCAUAUAG